GCCGCCAUACUGUUAUAUUCAUAUCUUGUAUUCGAGACUGAAUGUAGCUUGUUUGCAAUUUUGAGUAUUCGGUGUAACUAGAACAAAUAGUACAUUGAUUUUCUGAACAAAAGAGAAAUCAACAUAUAAUUAAUGGAUGGUAACUUUCAUUGAAAGUGAUUUUUGUAAAUAAUCAUCAGGAAGUGUUGAUAAAAAAAUAAGCAUGCGUCUCAUCAUUAUACUGCUGUUGGCGUUAUAUGCUAUCAGUCUUUGUGACGCAGGAAAGAAAAGAGGAAAGGAAGGGAGAAAGGAUAAAGUAGCAGGGAAGGCUGGGAAGCCUGGGAAACCCGGGAAGGGAGGUAGAGGGGGAAAGGAAGGGAAAAUUAGAGGAAAGAAAAAGGGUUCUGACUCAUGUCCUUCAGACCCAGACCAUCAAAUAUAUCAGACAACGAGCGAACGACAAAUGUGUUGUCAAAAUAAUAUCAUAUACAUGGCAAGCGGAGGUCCUAUGUACCAGUCGAAGGGACUGAACAGUGGAGAUAUGUGGAAGGACGGGGCUUGUGACAAAAGCGAGGAUCAUAUAUUCAAAGUCUACGGAAUCAACUCAUGCAGAUGUGUCAAAGGAGAUCUAUGCCCAGCAGACGAUUCUCCAAAGUACAGAGCAAACGGCGACGAUACAAUUACCAUGUGCUGCAAGUUCAACUCCCAGUACUAUAGAGGUGAAGGUGCCAAAUACAAGAAGCUGAAGUUAAGGCGAAAUGGCGUCAAAUACUUGGAGUGUCGUGAGGGGGAGAUCUUUAAGAUACGUGGGCCUCAUGAAUGCGGAUGUGAAGAGGAUAUCAAAGAGACCAUUGCAGUGGACCAGGCAGGGGCGGAUAACAAAAUCGAAGACCCGGAUGAAACAAUAAUUCGGAGCAGCAUGCGCUCUAAAUGUGGAGGAUCACUAAAGCACAUCUCUCCCAUUAGACUUGUUGCUCGGACUAUCAAUGGCAAGCGUUAUCACGUUCCCCAAGCGUGUCUUGUAACCGAUAGAUGGUUCUACAUAUGCAACAAAGCUGAAGCGUAUGCAUCGGAAAUAUGUAAAGAGCUGAAUCUUUGUCAGUCUAACAUGCCUGGUCCGUUCGACUGUAGCAACGCUAAAGGUGAGAUAGUCAAGGCACUCCGGGGGUCGAAUUGGCUUACAUACAGGGUGAACAUGCUACCAUUUUUCCCUCUUGGUGAAGCAUGUCAACAGGUUGACAACGUCCUGACAAUUCAGUGCCCAAUUCCAUUCAAUUUGGCAGCCAAAGACCAAAUUUCAGAUGGGACGUCAAACGACAACGAAGUAUAGAUGAACGAUAUGGAAAAGAUUCAAUAAACUGAGAAUGAAGUCAUAGUCAGACCAACUUCCACUGUUCAUCAUUCCAACGAUGUGUCAUUUCUUGCCUUGAAAUAAAAAAUAUAUCAAUUUCCCAAAGCGUAA